CCCACCCUCUCUGAUUGGUGUUUGUUUUGCCGCAGUCAGGCGCAGCAGGGCAGCUGUUGGGGUCCUCCCGUAAGGGACAAGAUGGCGGUGGUUUGCGGUUGGCGGGUGGCGAGUAUUCUGAGUGACAAAGUCCGGCUGUCGUGGGUGACGCUAGUGCGGUGGUCACGGUACAAUCGUUAUUACCUGGAGCCUGUGAUCAGCAAGGAGCAACAUCGGACUCCAGUCACUGAGCUCGACCCGGAGGAGAGGGCAGCCCUGGAACAAAAGGCCGUUCAACCAAUAAAGGCUGCGCCAAGUGACAAAACCAGCAGUGUCUUCAGUGACCCCAUGAUCAACAAAUUCAUCAAUAUGAUGAUGAAGGGAGGUCAGAAAAUGCUGUCGAGGUCAAUCAUGAACCAGACUCUUGAAUUGAUGAAACGGAAGCAGAUUGAGAAUUAUCACAAAGCUCCUGACUCUGAAAAGGAUGUAAUUGAAUGUAAUCCACACAAGAUCUUCCAUCAAGCUCUGGAAAACUGUAAGCCUGUCAUCGGCUUAACCAGUGUACAGCGAGGUGGGAAGACUUACCAGGUUCCGACACCACUUAAGGACAACCGCCGGCGUUUUCUUGCCAUGAAAUGGUUAAUUACAGAAUGCCGUGACAAUCGGCACCGAUGCACUCACAUGCAUGAGAAGUUAUCCCAGGAACUGCUUGCUGCCUUCAGAAAUGAGGGGAAUGUGAUCAAAAGGAAGCAUGACCUUCACAAAAUGGCAGAGGCUAAUCGAGCCUUUGCCCACUACAGAUGGUGGUGAGAUGUAGUACGGAUAGAGCUCCCAACUUACAACUCAAGCUGGAAAGAAUGGUGUAGUCUGUCCCUUGGUGUUUAAAGGGUACACUAUGCAGUUAUGUUGGUGCAAAUGGGCUGACCAUGUCUGCCCCAGAUGGCCUGGGUUGGUUGGGGUUGUAUGGUGACUGGCAAUUUGUCUAGUGUAAGGAGUGACCAGUGUUCCUGGCCGGAGAAUGGCAUUACGAGUGCUGGAGGAGGGAGGUGACACUGACACACUGUCUUAAUGUCUUAAUUUUUUUAACUCUUUACAAACACAACAGAUAUCCCAGGGGGAUAAUAGUCCACAGGAAGUGAGUAAGCUGUAAAGGAAGUUCCAGCUCCCAUUGCCCAGGAAAUGUCACCAUUCCAGUGGGCAUUUUUCUUCACAUUUGCACCUGCCCACAACGUUUUAAUCUUCGUAAAUGGUUUCUUAAAUCUCCAUGAAUCACCAAUGCCAAUCCUUCACAGUGCAAAAUGUACCUUGAUUUAACUUUUGGGUGCAAGCAGUGACCUGUUUUGAUUCCUUUCAUUUACUCUAUUAAUGUCACUUUUCUAAUGUGCCAUCUAUUCAGAGAUGUUCAAAAUCAUGAAGGAUUCUAAAUUUAGAUGAAAUAAACAGAUGAUUUUAUUUGUUUGAAUACCAGUGUGGUAAGGAUUUAAGACAAGAUGCAGUGAUUCCCACAGUGUGUGUUUAGCUUAGAACACACUGCCUCAUGAGGUGGCAUGUUUCAAUAAUAGGGGGAAAAUAUUUGGGAAAGACACGAACUAGAUUGUCUCCCACAGUCAUUGCACACUUAUUGGCCUGAAUGACUUUGGUUAAGAAAGCAACCCAGGGCCACCUUCAUGGGCAGUUAGGGGUGGGAAUUAUUGGCUUUGUCAGUGAUCUGGCGUAGACUGAAUACAUUUUAAAAAAUGUAAUGUGCAGAAGAUGCUCUGGGUCUUGAUGGUGGUGUCUCUGUCCGAAAAUACUGGGUGUCAUUGUAUUUGGGAGGCCUCCAGUCAAGAGACAAUCCAAUCCAAUUUAAUGAGAACCCAGACAACUGCUAACUGAGCCAUGGACAGAGAUGAG